AUGGCAUGUGGUCAGCACGUAGCACAGGCCAAACGGAAGAAGGAAGGCCUCGUUGGGGAGAUAGAGGAGUGGCCACCGAUGCCAAAUCAAAAGAAAGGUACACCAUCGUGGGUAGAACGUGGGUUGAACAUGAUAGACAAUGCAUCGGAUGCGCUAGUGAUCGACCAGGGAAGUUCGACGAACUCUGGAUUGGAAUGUGAUAGAUCUUCUUGCAACGGGAGCGAGGAAGGAAAAACUUUUCUCAGAGGCCAAAAUGUUCCUAUGGAGCCAGAAGUUAGGGCUCAGCGUGAAAAUAAGCGAAUUAAAGCUCUUGAACUGCAAUCGGCCAUAUUGAGUCAACUUGAAGAUCGUGAGAAAAGGCGCCAAGAAGAGAGGGAGAGGGAAGUACGUGAAGAGCGCUUGGCAGAGUUACGCAUACAAAAACAACAGGAGGAAGACAUGCUUAGAAUUCAGGAAGAGAAAAGAAAGCAUGAAGAAAAACAAAUUUUUGAACAAAGAAAACUAGAAGCCUUGAAAAAAGCGCUCGAAGAAGCGGAAAGAAGGGCACAGACGGAUUCUUUGAGACACAAAGUGGAUAAAAACGUUGAAACAGCCGAUAUUGAAAGAGACAUCGACAAAGACUACGCAAACAUUGACGAAAACGCACCACAGGACGGGAGCCGCAAUUCUUUAAAAAAAGAUCGACGUUUGCGUUCCGAGGAGAGGUACAAGAAAGAUUUAGAAAAUAGACCUAAAUGGGGCGCUAACAAACCAGUGGCGCAAUAUAAGAAACAAAGUGAGAAGGACCCUUUCUACAGCCAAAAGCGGAAACUCAGUUCUUCUUGUGUUGCCGCGUCGCGUACAUUUACUGUAGCAAUGUCGAAAUUAGACGAUUUGUUUGAUAAGAAGAAGGAUGAAGCGCCAAUGCUUGAUUUGUCUAAGACCAUCAUUAACACUGCGGAAGAGUAUAGAGCCGUUCUGGACAAAGUCCCAGAGUUCAAGACUAGACCCGAGAAGGUGAGGGCGGAUGAUAUUAAAAUCAAGGACAGGCCAGAGGACACGCGAAUAAAAACAUCGAAAAAAGAGCUAAGGGCAUACGAGAAACUCGGGACCCGCGGAUACGAGGAUAAGCAUUUCACCUUCAUGGAUCCCGUGCCGGUAGAAAUGAGGGGCCUGAAAUUUGAAGAAUUGUGCGCCGUGCCAAUCGAGUGGCGUAUGCUCACGUCGAUACGGCCGAAAUCUAAAUUGGAUGAAGAAUACUUCAACAGACUAAUCGAAUUGCGGAAGUCGGAACUAAGAACGAAGGCUCGCGAUAAAAGAGAAUACGCAAAAAACAACAUGGUUAGAAAAACGAAAAAUCGUUCGGGCGUGACGGAAACGAGAAUAUUGUGUUGCUCAGAGUGCGGCGAAGAAUAUUGUAAUGGUAACAUGUGCAACAUAACAAAUUACGAUAUGUUCGCCCGCCUCAAGCUCGAAAUCGAACCAAAGGUCGCAAGGCACGUUGCACCAGUUCAGGGCGGUGGAAAAUUGAGAAAGCUACGAAGGAAAAUAAGGAGGAAGCCCCGCAGUAAGAGCGCAGCUCCACCGUUGCUUCGAAAGGACGCUACCAAAAAUUGCGGCACCAGAAGCGACUCGGAUCUU